GCUACUAGGUGUUUUGUCCUCUUGCGGCCUCCGUCUCCGGUAGUGGCAUUCUGUUUUGUCGGUACCUCGCUGCGUCCCGGACAUUAGUCACGGAGUUUCUGGGGAAGGAGACGUGUAGUUGAGGAGUCGUGGGUCGGGGCGCCGCCGCCGCCGCGGGGGCCAUGGAGCCGCCGUUCAACCCUAGCCGGCCAGUCUCUCAGAGCCUGGAUGUAGACUGGGAUUCAACCCUUUUUGCCGAACUUGGUGAUUUAAUGGACACUGAUGAGUUGCAGCUGGACAUAGAGAAGGAAACUUAUGAAAACAAUUUGUAUAACCUUGGUUUUGAUUUGGAUUUGAUGCCAUGGGACUCAGACCCUUGGGGAAUUGCGUAUUGUGCAGAUAAAUAUAUUAAGGCAGAGCCUCAGCCACUUUCUCCAGAUUCCUCAAGCUGUUCAGUCUCUUCUCCUCAAUCAGUGGAUUCUUAUUCUUCAACCCAGCAUGUUCCUGAAGAAUUGGAUUUAUCUUCUAGUUCCCAGAUGUCUCCCCUCUCUUUAUACAGUGAAACCACUAACAGUCCCUCCUCAUCGGAGUUACUAAAGGAUGACAAGCCUGUUAUUGCUGCCACAAAUAAGACUGUAAAUGGACUGACUCCAAAAAAAAAAAGGCACAUCAUUUCAAAGCCUUCAAUUCAGCCCAAGCCCUUACUUCUGCCAGCAGUACCCAAGAGUCAAGCCAACACUAGUAUUCCAACCAAAGCAAUCAUCAUUCAGACACUCCCAACGCUUUUACCCUUGACAAAGCAGCAACCUGUUAUUCACAUUCAACCUGCACCUGCUAAAGGUCCUGUUGUGCUCUCUCAGCCUACCAUGGUACAACUACAGGCACCUGGAAUUCUGCCAUCGGCUCAGCCCGUCAUUGCUGUCACUAGGGGAACCACUCAACUACCUAACCAUGUGGUGAAUGUGUUACCAACCCCUGUAGGGAAUAGCCCAGUUACAAGCAAACUGGCCGUGACUAAACCUAUCCUGCAGACUACCACGAGAGGUGUGGGCUCAGAUGUGACUGUCCUUCGGAGACAACAGCGCAUGAUCAAAAAUCGAGAGUCAGCCUGUCAGUCUCGCAAGAAGAAGAAAGAAUAUAUGUUGGGUUUGGAGGCAAGGUUAAAAGCAGCUCUUUCAGAGAAUGAGAGACUCAAAAAAGAGAAUGGAUCCCUGAAGCGGCAGCUGGAUGAAGUCGUGUCAGAGAACCAGAAGCUCAAAGUUCCCAGUCCAAAAAGGAGAGCAGUGUGUGUGAUGGUGGUGCUGGCAUUCAUAAUGCUGAACUAUGGCCCCAUAAGUAUGUUUGAGCGGGAUUCCAGCACAGUGACAUCUAGAAUGAACCCUGCACAUCAGAGUAGACAUCUUUUAGGAUUCUCAGCUACUGAGGGACAAGAUUCAGUUCCAAGAAAAGUUGAUGGUGCCAUCCAGAAAAACAGUUACAGAUAUGACCAUUCUGUCUCUAAUGACAAAGCUUUGAUGGUGGUCACUGAAGAACCACUGUUGUAUAUUCCUCCACCUCCUUGUCAACCAAUAAUUAACCGUACAGAGUCUCUCAGGUUGAAUCACGAACUCCGAGGAUGGGUUCAUAGACAUGAAGUAGAGAGGACCAAGUCAAGAAGAAUGUCAAAUAGUCAGCAACAAAAAACACGUGUGCUGCAGAAUUCUCUGGAACAUGGUUCUAAUUCUCAGCUGAUGGCUGUGCAGUAUACAGAAACAACCAGCAUCAGGAAUUCAGGGAGUGAGCUGCAAGUUUAUUACGCCUCACCUAGAAGUUAUCAAGACUUCUUUGAAGCUAUCCGAAGAAGGGGAGAUACCUUUUAUGUCGUGUCAUUUCGAAGGGAUCACCUGCUAUUACCAGCCACCACCCAUAACAAGACCACAAGACCAAAGAUGUCAAUAGUUUUGCCAGCAAUAAAUAUAAAUGAGAAUGUGAUCAAUGGUCAAGACUAUGAAGUGAUGAUGCAGAUUGACUGUGAAGUGAUGGACACCAGAAUCCUUCACAUCAAGAGUUCUGCUGUUCCUCCCUACCUCCGAGAUCAUCAGAGGAAUCAGACUAGCAGCUACUUUGGCUCUCCACCAGCCACCCCAGAGGCAACAGCACACGUUGUCAGUGCCAUCACUGAAUCCUUGCAGUAGGCAGCUGAUGUUCGUGCUGCCACAGACUUCCACAACUGAGUCUAGAACUCAGCCAAACUAGAUUGGUAACGGGCUGUGCGUCAGACAAGUGCAUCUUGCUUUUUUGGCAGGCAACUGAGUAUUGCCCAGUGAUAUAAUUCAGUGUCUGCCCAUGGGAAUGAUAAGCAGAGGGAGCAACAGAGGAGCACUUCUGUUUUCCAACAGUCUUACUACUCAUGCGGGUGGUGCUAGGGUUUUUCCUCAAAUGAACGAACAAAAUAACCCUGACAAGACUUCUCAAGAGGCAACCUCGAUCCUUGGUUCUUCCAAAAUUACCCUUCAAUGCUAUUCUGUACUUUCCAGAUUGUUCUUGCCAUUCAGUCCCUAUCUUAGGUUUAAAUGGAUAACUCCUUUCAUAUCAGCAUUCUCUACCAUCCCUUCCUGAGGCAUGCCCAGUACACUUGAUGUAGUAACAUGUCUUAAUACACAUGAUGUGGUAAAGUGAUUUUUAUUUAAAGGGAAAAUAAAGCUUGGAGUCCAGAGUGUUCAGGCAGACCUAAUUUGUUCAUUUAUUAUGAAACUGCCCCUUCUAGGGCUGCUGUUUAUCCAAAACCCAACAGCUGAAAGUCCUCAGCUACUACUGAAUUAUAUUGAAAACACUCAAAACAACCCAGCUUUUGACCCAAGCUUGAGGUUAAGUGGGAGAACCCUCCAUGGGUGACACUUAACCUUAACAGAAUUUAUUCACACCUCACAUCCACCUUUGAAUAAGUCUGAUGCUAUACUUAAAAGCUGCCUAAUGCUGCAUGGGUGCUAUGGUGGGGCACAUAGAGAAGCAUGCCAGUUGGAAAGGGUGACAUUUUUCUUGUCUCACUAACAAUUUGAAAGUGAGAGAAGCACAGGAAAAUUUAAUGUGGAGAAUGGAGAAAGAAAUAGCUAAAGUAAAAAAAGUUUUUAAAGCUGUGAAAAUAUCAUGGGGCACUCUUGGAAAUAAUGAUUUAACUUUCAUAUAGCUUCAUGAAAUUAAUUGACAGGGAGUGUUUGCAUGUGGUCUGGUCUUCUCUUGGAUGAUAUCUUAUAUAGAUUCUUGAGGCCUAAAGAAAAAUACCUCAUUGUAUUUGUUGGGAA